AUGGCCACAACAUGCCAUUUAGCACAAGUCAUUUCAGAUGAAGCACAACCGGCAUUCACUAAACCGCCGAGCCAGCAACGAAGGAAGAAGUCAAAAAGGGACUUAAUAUUACGUUUUCUUUCACGACUUUCAUCUAUUUCGAUCAGAGAUCGGUUUUCUCUUCAAUGGGAAAGGAAAAGGGCAGAAAAAGGAGCAACACCCAGGAUAUCUCGCACGCCUCUUACUGCUGAGCAUGGCCGGCUGCGAGCGAACAAAGCAAAUUAUAUUCAAGCUAAUCAAGAAUGA